AUGUCGUGGAAGGCGUCGGAGCGCUUGAUGGACACCAUCAGGCACUAUGCCAACUUCCCAGCAACAGGAGUCAGCUUGCGGCAGAUGGUGCAAUUUGGAGAGAGGCCUUCAACGGGGACCCUCUUCCGAGCCUCGCAAUUCCUUGCUGAAGAGCUGCCAAUUCGACUUGCGCACCGAGUGCAAGAGCUCAACGAUCUUCCUGAUGGGCUUAAUGAGAUGCCAUCAGUCAAGAAGGUGAAGGACUGGUAUGCGCAGUCGUUUGAGGAGAUCACAACUCUACCGCGACCCGACCUAGCCAAAGAAGUACGACAACGUCUCCUCAGACCUGGCAAAUUCAAUGGCAGAAACUUGUUGUCCGAAGCGACGCCAAACCCCAGUAUUGAGGAGGGCCAGUACGCGUCCUUGCCCGUCGGUAGCGCCACCCUCACCAAGAAACAACAAGCUACGAGGAGAUAUUUUGCCAUGGUUGACGACAGUAGUGACUGGCCGCCAGAUUUGCAAGCAUACAACCACAAAUUCUCCCACACGCUCAACAAGAUCAAGAGGCGGCACGAUGGCGUCGUCACGACGAUGGCCCAGGGCAUCCUCGAAUACAAGCGCAAAAGGCAACGAAUGCAGAUUGACAAUAACAUUCAGUCCUUCUUGGACCGCUUCUACAUGUCGCGCAUCGGCAUCCGGAUGCUUAUUGGGCAACACAUCGCCUUGACUGACCAGAGCCAUCACCGAGAUCCGACCUACGUCGGCAUUAUUUGCACCAAAACGAAUGUUCGGGAUCUCGCGCAAGAGGCCAUCGAGAACGCUCGCUUCGUCUGUGAGGACCACUACGGUCUGUUCGAAGCGCCCAAGAUCCAGCUUGUCUGUAACCCCAACCUCAACUUCAUGUAUGUGCCAGGCCACCUGUCACACAUGCUCUUCGAAACCCUCAAGAACUCUCUGCGGGCUGUGGUCGAGACUCACGGCCAGGAGAAGCAGGAAUUUCCAGUGACCAAAGUCAUAGUCGCCGAGGGCAGAGAGGAUAUCACCAUCAAGAUCACAGACGAAGGCGGCGGGAUUCCCCGAAGCGCCAUACCCCUGGUCUGGACUUACAUGUAUACUACGGUCGACCGCACGCCCAAUCUCGAUCCGGACUUUGACAAAUCGGACUUCAAGGCACCCAUGGCUGGAUUUGGCUAUGGUCUACCUAUUUCACGGCUGUAUGCUCGGUACUUUGGUGGUGAUCUGAAGCUAAUCAGUAUGGAAGGUUACGGCACAGAUGUCUACCUUCACCUCAACCGACUUUCGAGCUCGUCAGAACCGCUCCAAUAG